CUUACCAUGGCAAAUUCAAAAUAUGAAUAUGUUCGUCACUUUGAACAAAACGAUACUUUAUUACCUAACACUUACAUUGUCAUUCGUAUCGAUGGUCGAGGUUUCCAUAGAUUCUCACAAACACACCAUUUUGCCAAACCAAAUGACCGACGAGCUAUUGAUCUUAUGAAUCAUUGUGCGAUCCAGGUUAUGAUAGAUCUUCAUGAUAUUAUACUUGCUUAUGGUCAAAGUGAUGAAUAUAGUUUUGUCCUCCCAAAAGCAUGUAAUUUAUAUUCAAGACGGGCAAGCAAAUUAUCAUCCACGGUGGUCAGUUUAUUUGCAUCCAAUUAUGUCAUGGCUUGGUCUCGAUUCUUUGGCGAUGAACCUUUACAAUACCCUCCCUGUUUUGAUUCUCGUACAGUAUGUUACCCUUCGGAUCAAAAUUUACGAGAUUAUCUAUCAUGGCGUCAGGCGGAUUGUCAUAUCAACAAUUUAUAUAAUACUACCUUUUGGAGUCUGGUUCAUGAUGGCAAGACUGAAAUUGAAGCUGAAGAGAAAUUAAAGGGUACAUUUUCAAAGGAUAAGAAUGAAAUCCUCUUCACUGAUUAUAACAUCAACUACAACAACAUUGAACCUAUUUAUCGAAAAGGAUCUACCAUAUUACGCUUGAAGAAAAUGGUUACUAGCAUUUCACCUAGAAAUGGCGAACAAGUGCAAAGGUUGAAAAAGGUGCCUACUGCCGUAUAUGAAGAUAUUAUUGGUCAAGCCUUUUGGGACGAACAUUCGGAUUUAUUAGCAUAGAUUCUUUCUUUUUUUUUUUCUUUUUAGAUAAUCAUUGAUAUUAUAUUAUUU